UUGUUUCCUUCGCCCGUGAGUAAGAAAUGAGACCCCACUUCACUGAUUCUGAUGACUAUCAUUACGGUAGCGCCUAAAUAAAGUUUACCAUCCUUUCAAAUUUACUUUGUUUCUUUCUCUCUAUCUGACUUUCUUCUACUACCUGUGUUUUGUAGUUGUUUCAAUGACCUUUGGUAUGCACUUAUUGUACGUCAAAAUUACGUCAUUACGAUAAAUUAAAUUAUGACAAAUUAUAACUAUACAGGCUAGCUAUCGUAUCACUGUCUCUCGUGAAAUGAACGUGGCGCUCACAAAACAUGGGACUAAAGUCACAUGUGAACUGGGUUCACCCGGCCCGUCAGCUUCCCAUUUAAAUUCACACUGAGAAAUGAAUCCCCAGUUUGAGAGGUCAGACCCAGGCGUGCGUCCCGUUCUUCCCGGUCGCCAUGGCAGCCAGCGGAAUCGGCGCGUCGCCCCUGGCCGCUGCGCCCAGCGAGCGAAGCAAAAACAAACGCCCAGCGCGGAGCCCGGCUCGGCUCGACCGCUCCGACAUUACCCCCUUCUGAGAACCCUUAACCGCAUAAUGACAGACCAGCCGUCCCGACCCAGCUGGGCCUUGGGCGUCGCCGCCCUCUCCUCUCCUCUCCUCCCGGGGUAUAAAACGGCCCGCGCGGGGAGUGCGGCGCAGAACAGACGGCAGCGCGAACACGCGGAGCUUCACACAGCAGCGAGCGCACGGAGGAACGCACCUCACGCCAGGAUGGACAACGCCACGUACAGCUACCCGACGGACUGCACGCCGCUCACCGGCUGCAAGGCGGCGCGGAAACCGGGCGGCUCCACCGCCGUCAACAUGGGCCACGCGGGGGGCAAGGCGCCCCGGGACUACCUGCUCUGGUCCCUCUGCAACACCCUGUACGUCAACUUCUGCUGCCUGGGCUUCAUGGCCCUCAUCUACUCAGUGAAGGCUCGGGACCAGAAGACCCUGGGGAACCUGAGGGGCGCUCAGGAGUGCUCGGACAAGGCCAAGUGGUACAACAUCCUGGCGUCGGGCUGGAACCUGCUGAUCCCGCUGCUGGCGCUGGUGCUGCUGGUGCUGCUGCUGGUCCACCUGGGCAGCGCCGAGGGCACCUACGACUUCUUCGGAGAGGACGGCUACCAGAGCUUCAUGAAGCUGUUCAGCAGGUAGACCGGACGACCGGACGGACGGACGGACGGACGGACGGAGAGAAACAGGCAGAGCAGUGGUUAACCAGCUCACACCCCCUCCCACCCCCCUCCCCCCCCCCCUCCCCUCCCCCUCCCCAAGGACAACUCAUUUUGUGUUUUCCUCUCUUUUUCUUUUUGUCUCUAAUUAUUAAUUAUUACUGUUGUAAUUUUGUAUCAUUAUUUUAAUGAGUAUUGUUAUAUUACUUCUACUUUCUCAUGAAUAUUUUAAGUGUUUUACUGCCAGUGUGAAGGAUCUAAAACAAUCAAAACAAUGUGAUGAAUAAUAAAGCACUCGUAUUACAGAA